AUGAACCUUUUGGGUACAACACGGAGUUGUUUCUUUACUACCGAAAUCCACGUCACUUUUGUCAAUAAUCUUCCGCAGAAUUCUAAGCCACUUUUCGUGCAAUGUGCAUCCAAGGACGAUGACCUUGGAAAUCACACGCUGGCAUACAAUGAGAGUUGGGGCUUCAAAUUCUGUGUAAUUCCUUUUGCCACCUUAUUUUACUGCAACCUUAAUUGGGGUGAACUGUUCAUGUCUUUACAUGCUUACGAUGCCAAUUGGGAUUAUCGUCCCUGCGAGUAUGUUCGUAAUGGACUCGGUUGCACGUGGAAGGUAACUAGCGCUGGCGCUAGCUUAGCGGAAGGCGAAAAUCAUCCAUGGGAAGCAUAUUAUUAA